CAGUAAAGUAUGGAAAGCUGCACGGCCACAAAUUGAGCGACGUUUUUUCAGCCUCGGUAAAUUUGAUACUGGCGAAAAAAUUAAAUUCCUAUCUCGGUUUGUCGCGUUUGCAUCGGUGCAGGAACAAAAUCUCGCCGUGCGCGGUUCUUAUUCUGCUCUUCUAUGAGCCUGUCAGCGCCUCGGAGUCGUACGUUUCCAACGGGAUUUUUCUUUUCUCUCUUUUCUCUUCCUCCGCGAGGCUGAGACGCUAUGCACAUUCGCCGGGGUCCGAUAAGAUAGUCUCUGUGAGGAUUAGCUGUACUAUCAAUUCGAUCAGAGCUGAUUUUGGUGGCAAAUGGAUGAACAAUGCUGUCCUGGGAUAAAGUGCUCGUCUCAAUAACUGUACUCGUCGUUUGCCUUCACUUCUUAUGUGCAAACGCCAUUUGCUGUUAUGGACAAAGAGAGGGCCUCUCUGUGUAUUGCCGAGAUGGAAAAAUAGCCCGAGACGGUGAAUGCUGCGGCCGAGGCCCGUGCAGAUCUGAUUGCUGUUUCUGUGAGCGGGGAUGCAGAGGCCCAGCCGGAUCCCCAAAUGAUCUCCGCUUGGCUGAGAGUCGACAACAAGAGCAAUGGACAUUCGUGGACAACAAUUCCUCCGCAUACAAGAUGGCUUAAACUAUUUUCUCCGGAUUAAAAAGCACGCUUAACCAUUUUCUUCGCAAAAAAGAGCGCGUUUACAGUUUCCUUUGCAAAAAGCUAUGCGCUUAGCUGGUUUAUGCAACCUGCCUUCAUAUUUUCCUCCUUCUCAGGUGCUUUUACAUUUGUUAGCCUUUUCAGGUGCCUUCAUAUUUGCUUCGCGAUCGGUCUGCAAUCGGCCGAUCGAGCACUUUCUGCGCCCCUGAAUCUGUGUGCGAUUCCUUUUCGCUUAAUUCCGUUCCUCUAUAUGGAUUAUUCUCGACAAACUAACGAUUCUCAAGAACAUCAAAAAAAGCCAAAUCUUCAAUUAUGGAGACCCAUCAUAACUGAAAAAAA